GGCCGCCAUCUUUCCGCGGGAGGAGGUGUUUGGUACAGAUAGACUGUAGGGAGAAGGGGGUAGUAGUGAGAACGGCUUUGGUUUGCUGUUUAUUCCCAUUUAUUUACAGUCAUGUCAAAUGAAACUGAAGGAACGAAGACCAUCGAAGAGGCAUCAACCGAGGAGCAGCGGGAAAUGGAGGACAAAGUGGUCAGCCCUGAAAAGGUAGAAGAAGCCAAGCUGAAAGCUAGAUACCCUCAUCUUGGUUCAAAGCCGGGUGGCUCUGAUCUUUUAAGGAAAAGACUUCAGAAAGGGCAAAAAUAUUUUGACUCUGGUGACUACAAUAUGGCUAAGGCCAAGAUGAAGAACAAACAGCUGCCGACAGCUACCACUGAGAAAGCUGAGGUCACUGGAGACCACAUCCCCACUCCACAAGACUUGCCUCAGAGAAAACCUUCCCUGGUUGCCAGCAAGCUGGCUGGUUGAUUUAUAAGAUAUGACAGUGCACCCUUUUCUUCUCAUUCCUGUUUUUCACCCUUAUUAUUGUCCCUAUUCAUCUCUUAACUUUAUUUUACACUAAAGUCAUUUGGAAAGGCUGACGAGUAGGCAGAUUCCAGUUAAUAGUGCUGCUUGUGGAGGAAUUACAAAAGUGUGUAGUACCUGGAAUGACUGCUGAAGAAAAAAAAUGUCAGUGAGACCCACAAACUUGCAAAAGUUUUGGUGGCUUAAGUAUACUGUAGUUUUGGGUGAAGAAGUGUACAUAUUAACUAUUUCCUAGUGUAGGAGUGAUGGCAGGAAUUGACAUUUUAGAAGGUUUUACAUUUUUACUGUAUCAUUCCUUAUAGCCUUCAUCUAAAUGAAGUAGUGUGCUUGAAUUAUUUAAUAUAAUCUUCAGUCAUGUCCAUGCUUAAUUUUUCCAUUGUUACUGCUAUAUUCUUUGUUUUAUAUAAAAAAUAAAAGAAUGGACUACACAGAUUGCUUAAAAAAAAAAAAAAAAAAAGCAUGUGUGAAAAUGAACUGGGUUGUGAAAGGUUGGUGUCUGCUUGCCUCAAAUCUUGAAUUUAAAAUGGCCUUAAACCUCAUUCGGCUUUAUCAAUUGCAUAUGUUGUUGGGCAAUAUUUGUCCAUCCUGGAAAAAUAUAUACGUGAACCUAGUGCUGAAUGUGUGCUGAAAACUCCUUACCUAUUUAAACCUGUAUCAUUUUAGGUUUUGUAGUUGGUAGCUCACUAAAGGAAAUGUUUGAAGUGUGCAUGUGUAUAGACUGUGCAGUCACUUUUGUGCCAUUUUUGUAAAUAAAAUAGUUUUGCACAAA